GUGUGUGUGUGUGUGUGUAUAAAAGGCAGCAGGUGAGUUGUACAGGUGAUCAGACGGACUUUACCUCAAAAACACCAGAAACAGCCUCCGCUCUCACAGCCCAGAUCAUGCUAAGCAGUCUGGAGCCGAUGCAGUACCUGCAGGAGCUGCGCUCUGUGGUUCCGUCUGCAGGUGAGAUGGAGCUGCAGGUGAUUGAGGAGUACCUGCAGGAACAUUCAGGGGAAGAACCCAGAUCUCAGAACCGCACCGACGGGGAGAUCCUCAUCGCAGAGAAUGGUUGGUGGGGGCGUUUUGCGUACGAGUGGCAGUACGGAUGCUCGGCCCGGGCGGACGACCCGGUGGAUCAGCAUCACUGGCCCAGUAACUAUAGCAACACCGAGUGGGGUGGGCACUGCAUGUAUGAAGCUCCGCCCCCUAGUGACUCGGACUCCCACUGCAGCUCGGUCUGCCCAGAGUUCCCCCCGUCGCCCCCUACAGUCAGCGGAAGAACUGCAGCCUGGGAAACGCUGCCCAUCACACCACUGACCGGUAAGAGGAAGGAGCGUCUGUUCCAGUUCCUGUACGAGAUGCUGCAGAGUCCGGAUAUGCGGAGCUGCAUCUGGUGGGUUCAGUCGACGAACGGUACGUUCCAGUUCUCCUCUCAGAAUAAGGAGAAGCUGGCGGAGAUGUGGGGAAAACGCAAAGGAAACCGCAAGACCAUGACCUACCAGAAGAUGGCGCGAGCGCUGCGGAACUACUCUCGCACCGGAGAAAUCUGCAAAGUUAAACGCAAACUCACCUACCAGUUCACCGAGCGCACCCUGCGGGGCCUGCAGACCCAAAAACUCACCACCACCUAACAACGUUCACUCCCAAUCAGUGUGAACAGGAACUGAAUCAGGAUCUGAAUCACAGAAUAUAAAUCAGGAUCACCGAGCGCACCCUGCGGGGCCUGCAGACCCAAGACCUCACCACCACCUAACAACGUUCACUCCCAAUCAGUGUGAAAAGGAACUGAAUCAGGAUCUGAACCAGAAAAUAUAAAUCAGUAUCUGAAUCGAGUAAUCUGAAACAGAAUCUAAAUUAGCCACUCUGAAUCCGUAUCUGAAUUGAGUAAUUUGAAUCAAGAUCUGAACAGGAGUGAAUCAGGAUCUGUAUUGUAAAAUCUGAAUCAGGAUAUGAAUCUGGUAAUCUGAAUCAGGAUUUAAAUUAGGUAAUCUGAAUCUAUUUGAAUCAAGAAAUCUGAAUCAGGAUAUGAAUGUUAUUCUGAAUUCAGAUUUGAAUCAGGAUCUAAAUUAGAUACUCUAAAUCCGUAUCUGAAUCAAGAAAUCCAACUUUGAUUUGAAUUAGGAUCUGACAAAGAUAAUCUGAUUCAGGAAAUAAAUUGGGUACUUUGAAUCCGUAUCUGAAUCAAGAAAUUGGAAUUAGGAUUUGAAUAAGGAUCUGAAACAGGAAAUCUAAAUCAGAAUCUAAACAGGGUAAUCUGAAUCAGGAUCUGAAUCAAGAAAUCUGAACCAAGUAAUCUGAAUCAGGAUCUAAAUGGGGUUAUCUGAAUCCGUAUCUGAAUAAAGAAAUCUGAAUUUAAAAUUGAAUUAGGAUCUGACCCAGGUAAUCUGAAUCAGGAUAUAAAUUGGGUGAUCUGAAUCAGGCUCUGAAUCAAGAAAUCUGAAUUAGGAUUAGAAGUAGGAUUCAAACCAAGAAAUCUACAUCAGGAUCUAAACGGGGUAAUCUAAAUCAGGAUCUAAAUCAAGAAAUAUGAACCAGGGAAUGUGAAACAGGAUAUGAAUCUGGUAAUAUGAAUUAGAAUCUGAAUCAAGAAAUCUGAAUUAGGAUUUAAAUUAGGAUGUGAAUUAAGAUCUGAAAAAA